UGCACCGGAAGUUGUUGCGAAAACCUGCUGCGGCAACAAGUGUCGACUGGAAAUAUGUUGUUUACUUUUACAUUUUCUUAUCUAGAGCAGUUCUCUUAUCUCUGCUGCUGCCCGGAGCGCUAAGCUCUGAUUUUCUACACUGUCGGACUCCCUGUAGAAAAGUUUGUAGCUGGUCGAGCAUUUCUCUUUAUUCCGCUGUGAAAUCCAAACUGUUGUUACUAUGGCUGAGCCACAUCUCCUUACAGGGCAGCCUUUACACACAGUUCAACAGAGGAAUGGUUCAACCACAGCUGCCACUUCUCGCUCAGAGGACUCAGUGGCCAAGGCCAGCGGGAUCAUCCCUGCUGCAAUUGCUGCCACCCUGUUCAUCGCCUUCAUACUUGCUCUCUACACUGUCCUCUGGAGGUGCAUGGUGUCGCCACCACAGCGAAAGCACAGCAGGGUGAGAAUGAGAGGACAGCCGAGGGUUUCUGUGUGAAGACUGGAGUCUGUUCAGCAGCUCGUUUUUUGGGUCUUAGUGGCGCGGAAUAAAAAAUCCGAGAGCAGACUUUUGCUCCCGGUCUUGGUUGAAGCACUGGAGUGACAAUAUGCCGCAGGGGCAGAUCCCCCUGAUAGAUCCAAAGAUCAAACCGCAAAAGAACUGACUCAGCUGAGUUUCCAUCAGCUUUACUGUCUGUCGGCGGCUCAUGUUGACUCAGAGCUCAAUGUUGAUGUGAAAAAACGUAUUUUGGCAGACUGUGCUGCUUUUUUUUCAGUUUUUUCCCCCCCUGUGAACUCUGCACUACUGAGGAACAAGGCAGUUCUGGCCACAGCUCGCUCCACUUGCCAAUAAGCUGUGUGUGUGUGUGUGUGUGUGUGUGUGUGUUAUGUUUAGUUUAUGUAUAUUUUGCAUGAUUUUUGCAUGUCUUGUACAUGCACCAAAUGGACAGUUGUCUUUUAAAAAAUGUCCUCUUCUCUGGCAGAGUAUUUUCUAUAUCAUAUGUUUUAAAUGACCUAAUGACACUGAGUUGCAUUUCCAUUUGAAUCUUAGGUUCUUACAGGAGACCUGUUAUGCUUUCUUUUGUUUUUUCUUUCCUUCAGUGUGUUACGGGCUCUUGUGCAUGUAAAAUGUCUCAAUAGUUAAAAAAGUCCCAAAGUCUGCGAGAGUGAGAGCUCCAGUCUCCCACAGAAAACACUGCUCCUGAAACGCCUCACCAGUAGGCCCGCCUUUAAUUCUGUGACUUUGUGACAUCACACAUUUGCAUAGUUUAUGCAAAUAUUCAUGCUGGAACUGAAGCAAACUGGAAGCUGAAAACAAAACAGAGCCCACUGUAGACAUAGUGCUGGCUCAGGCAUGUGCAAGCUGACCAAUUGGAGCAGACUGGGUAUUCGGAAGGUCUAAACCCAUUCUAGCAGUAACCCAGAAUAAAAUCUGGGACAUGCAAUGCACAUUGUCUCCUUUAAGAUUUUUUGGGAAAACUCCUAAACAUUCCAGGAUGUUGAUGAAAAUUUGCCAAACACCUCCGCUUGAGUCUUUAGUUGACAUUUGGUUUGGAAAUGGAUUUUGAUUUUGUUUAUAUCUGUCCUCUGUCGUCUUCCUUGAUAUCCCCAGGGUUUAUUGACUUUACUCAGGAUGAUGUGACUACUGUGUGACUGCUGACACUCUAAUAAACUGUGACUUUUACCUCUG